AUGUCUGCUACGGACGUGACAAACGACGAUGUUAUUUUACCAGAAGAAACUCGUAAGAAUAAAUAUGGCGACAGAUGUAAUUGCGAUAAAUGUCAAAAACAUUCGAAAUUUCCACAAGUUUUCGGUAAGAGAGUUCGACAACUCGUCAAAGAAGACACAAUUGCAUCCGAUUUGGAUUCUAGAACCACGUUAAAAUCAAGAGCGAGAUCGUGGCCGCUACUUUUACAUCCGCAAAACGACGAUAAUGAUAAGAAAAAAUUAAACGAAUAUUCUUCGCCGGUUUCACACAUACGAAGAUUGUUGUGGCGUCACUAUUAUCCAGAGGGUGGUUGGGGAUACGUCAUCGUUAUCUGUUCCGUUUUUGUACACGUCAUCAAUCACGGUUUUCAACUUUCUUUUGGUAUUUUACACGGGCCCAUAUAUGAAAAAUUUAACGCCGGAUUCGAAUACACAGGUAAAAUUUUAACAAAGGUGUGGCAAUCAAAAUGCCCGAGGUGA